AACACUUGCACGGUUCUGGAGCUCCCAACCAACUUCUUCUUUCAUUCGAGUGGUUCAGUUUGGUGUGGCCGUUUUGCCACAAGUAUCAGUGGAAAUUGGACCAAAAACAUUUCGUCUGGGUCAUCAACAUGAAGGAGAUUCAGCACGUGAAGCGUAGUGCCAAUGGAGCCGACCACAACGAGAUGAACCACUCGAGUUCGCAGGACUUCAGCCAAAUCAUCCAAGCUCAGCAUGAACUGUUAUCGGAACAAGGGCGUCAAAUUCACGAGUUAAAGGUCAAACUGGACAACAAUCUGAAGUUGACAGAUGGUUUGCAAACACAGAUUGAGGAAAUGCAGGAUGCUUUCCAAGAGUGGCGAGAGAGGGAAAAAUCGGUAAGUGGAUCAAGCAGCACCACCAUCACAAACAAUGAUGAUUUGUCGGUGACAACGGGUUUGCAAGAGCAAAUCGAUCGUCUGACAUCGGCUUACAAUGGAAUACAAGAUCAGCUCUACGAAAUCGACAAAAGCUGGAAAAAUAACCUGAUUUUGUACGGAUUACCUUAUUCGGACAGCAUGGAUGAGGAUCCACUCAUUUUGGAAGAAAGGGUUCGGGACAUUUUCCACAAGAAACUGCAUAUUAGCCGAGACAUGGCCAUCCAUCGCAUUACUCGCUUAUGGUAUGGCCCCGAUUGUCGGGGCUACAAGCCAAUCCAAAUUGCAUUUUCCCAAUACAAAGACAAGGAAGAGGUUUUGAGAAAGGCUCGUCUCCUCAAGGGAGGCAGCAUUUACCUUUCGGAGGAUUUCUCCCGUAAAGUUCGCCAACACCGCCAUGAACUCAUCAAGUUCAUGAAGGAGGUCAAAAGUCGGGAUCCCGCUCGUCGUAUGGUGCUCAGAUAUGACAAGCUAUAUAUUGGCACCUAAAUCUAUUUCUACAAUGAUCUGAACAAUCGGAUCGAACGUCAGCACAAUGGAAUGGAAUUGGGACAUCCUUCUAGGAAGAAUUCAGCGUUGUUGGAAAAUAUGGUCCUUAAUGAAGCUCAGGCAAGCAUGAGCGAACAGCACCAAGCGUGGUUGAGGAGACCCAAAUCAGGCACGAGUUCGAGAAGUGAGACGCCUAUUCAAGCCACGUCCUCCAUGAACGAUCUCACACGACCGACCAGAUCAGCGGGGAACCGAUCCAAGAGGACCGUGAGAACUUUGUCCAAGGCCGCUUCAAUUGAUUCCUUGGAUUACUCGAAUUCAGAUUUUGAGCUGAAUCGACCAACCAAUGGACGGUUUUAUGACUACCCAGAGAGUCCUUCCAAAAAUCAUACCUACGACACUCCCACAGGAUCACCUAUGAAGGCCAAGAAGGUGGUAGCUUUUGCUGACGUAGAAGAGCCGAGUGUGUCUCAUGAAGUUGAGCGCUAUGUUCCCAUCAACUCUCAGCAAUUGGUUAGCCUGAGCCAGCAGUCACAGCCAAAUGGAGAUGGUUUGCCUCCCAUACACCAAAUGAUGCAAGUGGAAAGACCUCUGGCUUUGCGCAAUCAUAUCCAAAUGAAUGUUUCUUCCAACUUACCUGCCAUCACAAAUGGAACAUCGUCCUUGAACAAAAUCCAAUUAAGCUUGCCUCCUCCGCCUCCUUCCCAUGAUGAUCACGAGGGGGAAGGUGGCGAAAAGUACAAUAACAAUCCCAGGGCCUUGACUCAUUCGUCCGAAGGAACAAUGGUCCAAACGAAUCAUUUAGUCCCCAUAAAUGGUCGUAUUCCCAGUAACGGGAAAAGGUCGAACAACGGAGGCACCUUGGUUCAAACCGAGGGGGGUAUGAUCAAAGUGGCACUUUACGGAGAAUUCCCCGUUACUCAAAUGAAAUGAUUGAUUCUAAUCUACACUUAUGAGAAAAGGGCACGGACAUAUGUCCUGCCACAACUGUCAGUUUAUUCAUAACGUCGGGAGAGAUAUUCUCUGAGAGAUAUUCUUCCUUACAAUCUUAAGUUUCAGCAGUAUCAUCCGUCUACACUCUUUUCCUUUUUUGCUAAAUUUGUCUCAAUCAUGAGGAUAUUUAGGCAUCUCUAUAAUUACAAUCAAUGGCUCUGUCUCUUUGAUCUAACAACCUCGUUAUUUCAAACAGACGAGAAAAUUCAAAAUGUUUGCUAAUAAUUUCUUUGCAACUGGGAGAAAAUAUCACUUGUUGCGUGACAUAACAAAUUCUUGUCGUUAUCGAAUUUUACCUUGAACACACCAAAAAAUGGUCCAAUACAACAAUUAUGCAUGUUCCAGCAAAUCAAUCGAAGAAAAAGAAAUGCAUCAUUCACUACACAUACAUGUUUCACUCUGAAUCAAAAAUAUAUAUACAUAUUUAUCGCUCAUA